CUUUCCUGCAGGAAGGACUCUCGCUGCGCGUCGCUCCUAAACCAAAACAAAGUUCCUCAUCUUAUCACCAUGUGCUUAUAGAUUCAUUUCAUGCGUGUAUCAGUGCUUUCUUCUAUAGAAAAUCGUGCUGAGUUGAAUUAUUGAGGUGAUAUAUUAAGUGUGUGAUAUGGUCUUUGCCGAUGGUCGGUAUUUUCGUCGCUAACUGCCGCCAAGAUUUCUCAGUGCCUAGUGCGUAGCGUGUUUUUCAUGUGUCGGUCAGUGUUCCAUACCUCUGGGCAACUUCUGACGAUUGGAGUUUCGGGUGUGAGAUUGUCUUGUGUGCCGUAAUGCCCCACAUCCGGUUCUGUGCCCUGUUUUCACACUCUCUCGCGUCUGGUUUUAUGUGAGUGAGGGACAAAUUCUACUGUUUCAAAGUGGUCGUUGCGUUGUGAAUAUCCUGCCCGAAAAUGUCGCCGGAUGGCCCCCAACCUGUUCUCCCGAACAAACCUUUGCAAGCUGAAAAUUCAUCUCAUUCAACCUCAUUCAGUGCUGUACAAAUCAACAUGUAUUAAGAUUUUCGUAGAGUAGAAUAAAACGAUGGUGAUGAAAAAAUGGUUUCGGAGCCUGCAGCCAGUGCAGUUGUACGUGAUUUUGACGAUCACGCUAUUCUUCUUCCUGGUGCAGUUGGUGGUCAGUCACCUCACUCACGCUCUCACCCUUCUAGUCGAUGCAUAUCAUGUGCUCUGCAACCUCAUCGCACUCUUCGGCUGUAUAAUCACUCUAAAGUAUGGGACUGAGGAUCCCUCGCACGAGGACUCCAAAUCGCAGAAAAGUGAUCUCAUUUCGAACAAAAGCAUGACUGCGCUACCAACGUCCUGCAGCCGAGACGGCCAUUCAUCUAGCUGCGUGCACCCGGUGUCGGAGCGGCGGCUGAAGAACACGUUCGGCUGGGCGCGGAUCGAGGUGUUGGUCAUGCUCAUCGUGAGCGUUUUCCUGGCCUCGCUCUGCUUCUCGCUCAUCGUGGAGUCGGUGCAGACGCUCAUCCACAUCGGGCACCACGACGAGAUGCACCACCCGAUCCAGGUCCUCUCCGUCGGCGCCGCCGGGCUCCUCCUUAACGGCAUCUGCUACCUCCUCAUCGGCGGCUACACUUUCCACCAGGGCAGCUAUCUCCACGUCACGGCAAGCGGAGACAUAGUCCUCCAGAAGAAGGCGAAGAAAAGUGGUGCCGAGGGCAAACAACCCUCCUCGAGGCGGAAGUUCGUCUCCGCCGGCCCGAUCAUGGCGCCGCCCAAACGCCAGGGACCCUGGGAAGUCUGUCGAGACAUCAUAGGUUGUGUCUUUGUGAUGAUCUGUGCUGUUACUGUUUACUUCUCUGAUCCAAAGACAGCCAAAUACAUUGAUCCAAUUUUUUCAAUUAUCUCUGCCGUAUUACUUUUAAUACUAAGUUACCCUUACAUGAAGGAAUCCUGUUUGAUUCUUCUACAAACUAUUCCAGAUCACAUCAAUAUCGACUCAUUGUGCACGCAACUUCAUAAAGCAUUUCCAGACAUUCUUAAUGUUCAUGAUCUCCAUGUAUGGCAAUUAACGGCCAACAAGACUUUCUCUACUGCUCAUAUGAUUUUUGAUAGUCCUGUGGUAUACUCACGCAUCAAAAAAGAACUCAUGGAAUUCUUUCAUGAGCAAGGUGUCACCCAAGUAACAAUUCAACCAGAAUUUUUUAAAGACAUUAACAGUAUCGAUUUGAUCUCUGGUUUUGGUGCUGGUCAAUGUUUAGUUCAAUGCAAUGAUGAGGAAUGCUACAAACGCGCAUGCUGUCUAAUGGAUGAUGAGUUGCAGCAAGUUGUCUCCAAAAGUCCCAAGGUGUCGCCAAGGAAUUCCUCUAUCAAUGGAUCUGUCAAGCCUGUCAGUGAAACUGGCAAGAAGUGCUGUGGACAAACAUGUCAUGGAAGUUCAGUUGUCCCCACCGUUUCAGAUGGGAACAAGAAGACUUCACCUUGCCUCAAGAUUAACUCUGAUCAAAAUGCUGAUCAAACUGCAGUUGUGAGUUUAACCAAAACAGACAUAAAUGCAGUGAAUGUGAACAGCCAGGAACAAUCAGUGCUAAGCCAGGACAAAACUUCAGUGGAGGGUGAAUCCCCAGUUACAAAUGCUGAAAAAAGUUGUUGUCAGAAAUCUGUAUCCUGUCACAAUGAUGUAAGCGCAGAAAAUAUCUGUUCAGUUGAAAUCAACCAAAUUGAUCCUGAUGAAAUUUCAAGCGAAAGGCAAUCAACUGGCAGUGAUUGCUGUCAGGAUGAGUCAGACUCGGCACAAUUAUGUUCUUCACAUAAUGUCUCCAUUGUAAAGGAAAAAUCAACCAAGAGUGAUAAGCGCCCAAAAAAUGACGAGCAAGUCACGUAGUAGAUGUAUAUUUUUGACUGAUUUUUAUCUAUAACAAACAAGUGUUGCUAUUUUUUGAGAGUUUGGCUGCCUUUGACUGGCUCAUCUAUGUUGACAUGCUAAAUAGAAGUAGCCAGAAAGAAUUUGGCUGUGCCAAAAGUCAUAUUCAUGUUAGAGUUCUGAUGGGACAAAAUGAUGUCAAUGAGAAGGCUUGUGACACUAAAAGCUGUUAUUUUCCAAGAAUCAGGAAAGAUGGAUCAUUUGACACGUAAACUACCCAAUACAUAGAACAUAAAGAUUUAUACUGUUCUUAGUACAACAUUUAACCAUUUGACUCACUAGCUGUUAUCAACGUUUUUUGUUUUUUACUCGACUAAUUAGUAGAAAGUCACAGGAAGUCAGAACCUUUUUAAAUGGUGAAAUCAACUGAGGAAAGAAAAUUCUAUUGACCGAAAUCGAAGUACCUACUUGUUUUAUUUCUAAUGUGCUUUAAAUUUUUGCUUGUAUUUUAAUUUUAUAUACAGACCGUGAGCUUGUUUUAUUUUGAAUUAUUCAUGGUAACUCUUUGCCAUUUGAUGAUUAAUUUUUGUCACCAGGUGCAUAGGGAAAAAAAUUGCCCUCUUUUCUUUCUCAACUAUUAAAGCUGAAUAAAAUUAUAAACUAUAGCCAGCGCCUCACCUGUUUUUAUCAUUCAAGGAAUUUUUUAUCUCUCACUUUUUGCCGUAAUUUGUCUUCCUAUACCAUAUCCUGAGUAGGUGUGGUAAGACUGACAAUAAGUACCUACACAAAGUUUUAAAAGUAAGAGCUUGUUCUCAAAUUGGAUAAAUCAUUGAUUGAUAAACUCUAUGCUACCAAAUCACCAUCAAUUUUUAGAAUAUAGGUAAUGUAUCAUACAGGACAAUGAAGAGCCUAGUUUUCUGAUUAUUGAGUCAGGAAAUCUGUGAAAAACUAAAAGAUAAAGGAAUACUUACAGAUUAGAUGCAUAGUUUUGAGUACAUGCCUAUUAGGAAAUCAGGAAUGUUUGCCUCUUGUUUUUGUUUCUUUUUUCUACUCAACUGUCGUGAUAUUAUGCGGUAAUCCUCUUGCAGCUUCAAGUAGAUGAAUAAAAUCUAGACCACACAUAAUAUGAGUUGAGCUUUAGAGCUUUUUUACAUAUUUGUAUCAAAUAAUCUACUCUUCACAAGUAUUCAAAUUGAGCAGGCAAUUCAUGUUAAGUAGGUAUGUUAUAUGCAACUGAGUUUUAGACGGGUUUAUAAUCUGUAUUAAUUUGAACCAGAAGUUUGCACUCUCUAAACAACACACAGUCUAAAAACUUUAAGAAAAUUAAGGAAAUUAUUUAAUAAUUGAAAAUAAAAUUUUUGAACCGUACCUAACGAAAUGCUGUUUUUUUCAAGAUGUUUUAAUGAAAGCUGUUUCUAAAUUUCAAACAGCAUUGUACAACUUUUAUCAAUUCUAUUCAGCAGUGUCAAUUACCGUUUCUCUAGUUUGAAUUUCAACUGUUUGUGUACACAAGACCUUUGUUAGGUAGGUAAAUACUAAGACUUUGUGAUUUUGACUAUUCUUUCUGUUUACUUUAUGUGGUACAAUGUUAUGUAGCCAACAUUUUUUGUAUAUUUUUUGCUCAAAUAGCUUGUUUAAGGCUCCUUUUUAAGGGAAAUGUUGGUAUGAGGAACUGCAGCCGUUUAGUAAACUCAUUAAGUAUAAUGAUCAUUUUCAGCAGGUGUAAGGAUAUUGUAUAUCAUUGACUGCUGCAACACGGAAGAAAUGUGUCGAAAAUAAGCUCUAUUCAGCGAUUCUGAAACAGAUCUUGUUUGAUGGAUGAUUGGUUGAAUGGCCAAAAAGUAGCAAGUAUCUGUCAAACACUCAGUAGGAAAGCCAUGUAAAUUAUAUCAUUAGGUACCAUAUGCAAGAAAAAUCUGUUUGUACUACUCUCAGCAUUUGGUCACGCAUUACUUUCUUGAUAAUAUACACCUCCAUGUAUAAUUUUAGGCCCUGUUUUUUGUUUCCAACAAGAUUAUUAAGCCUUUAUUUAACACAAUCCAAUGUCCAACCACAACUUGUAAUUUUUUGCCGCACAAUGAACUGUUCCAUUGGAACUACACAGCUGCUUAUACCAUGAUCUCAGGUCAGCUUUACAGUUCACUUAGCAGUUAGAACAUUUGUUUUUCCACCUGCCUUUUUCUUCUAAAAAGUCAAGUUUAUUGUAAUGAUUAAGAUUAGCUAUUGAGGAGGAUUUUUAACAAAUAACAGAAAGCGUAAGUGGAACCCAGUCAGUGUUAGCAUUGAAACAACCCAGAACUGCUUACACUUUUUAUAAUUCUCAUCACCUAUUUUUGUGUAAUUUAAGGAACCAAUUAAAUUUGUUUUAUUGUAUUUAACUGUCAAUCUGGAGAACACAGUUUCUGAGUUCCCCCAUUUUAGGUAUGAAAUUAAUAACAACUGGCAGAGUUUUCAAAGUUUCUGCUGGUUAAAUUUUAAAUAUUUACCGUGAGCACCUGCUAGUACUGGAAAAAUUCAAGAGAGUACAAGUAUGAAAAUAUGCUUUUUGAAACAAUUUGUAACCUUAAGACAAAUUAAAGAACCAUUUUUAUAAGAAACUCUGCAUAAUGAAGAAAAAAUUAAACAAAAAGUGAAAGUCACUCAAAGGUGAUGUCAGCGUAUUAAUAACGUAAUGUACGUCAAUAACUAGGUAGUGAGAAUUUGUUUAAAUUUUAGUAUGCAAUGACACAAGUGGAUGUAUUUUUACAAAAACAAUCUAUCUGUAAUGGUUUCUCUUUAAAUGAUGAACUUCUUCUCCCUACAUGCAUCCAAUUAAGAAACUUCAUUUCCACUUUUCUAAAAACUUUCAUCAUUUUUAGGCAACUGAAUUUAAGGUAUCUAUUUUCCCUAUGUAAAAGGAAUAAGUGGGCAAAUCUUAAAUGCUAAAAAAUUUAAGAUGCCCUUUUCUCACCAAUCAAUCACAAUUUCUGGUUUUUUUCAAAGCUUCCUCUGUAGGUUUUCAAAAAAUGAGCUCGAUUUUUUGUUACACCUUUGCUUUGAAGUCCCUAGACUUGUCCUUAGUCACUUACUUAGGCAGUAUAACUUUUUACCUUUUUCCCUUCUUCUCUAAAACCUGAAAAUUGUGCUUAGUGAACAAACUCUACAUUUUUACUCAAAAGGCAAAGUUCGUCCUUGUGUGUGUUUUACCCACAUUUUAUACAUUUUGUUUCAUGAAAGUUUUAUUUUUGAGAAAUUUAAUUUUGCAACGAAGCAUUUACUUUGUACAGUCUUUUGUUAACCUGGAAUCUUGAACAUUACCAGAGAGCACCAAAGAUGAAUUGUUCAUAUCAAUGUCUGACUUUUUUUUUGUACUUUCAAUUUUUUAAAUGACUCUUUAUUCUUGAAAUGUUAUAUUCAUAAAUAUAAUCAGACAGUGCUUCUAAUUUCUACAAUUUAAAGUUUCAUACGGUGAAUUUUGCACUUUCUUAGGUAGGUAAUCCAAUUGUAAUAAAAGAUUGCAACUCAAAACCGUCAUGUAUGAAAAAGAUUGGGCGAAAAAGUUGCCUUCAAAAAGAAUGAAAUUCGUGUCGUAACUUUUUUUAAAUUUUAAGUAAGCUUCAGCAAAUCUGUGCUCAGUGCUAGGAUUUGUUCCCACUGUUUUAACAAAACAGUAGAAAAACAGUAGAGUCCGAUAUUUUCUCUUAGUCUGUUAAUCAGGUGUAGCAGAUCACAGCUCAAAUGUACAGCGGAAAAUGCCUAAUUUACAGUUUUACAUCAUAUCUUAUAAUAUAAGAGAUCUUACAUAUGAAUAGCUAAACUAAAAAAAAAAACCCAGAACGUUGCCCUGUACAUAUUUUACCAUUGAGCUUGUGUCGCUACCUCUGGUAAUGUUCUAAAUUUCAUUUGUUACAUUGACAGUUGUGUCAAGUGCCAAAAUACCUCUCUGUAUUAAGUUUUAGAUUUUUAUUGAUUUUGUUGUGUUAAGUUUUAGGUUUUAUAUUUUUUUGCUUUGGAGAAUAAAAUGUAUUUUUGUAAUUAAAUUUUAAAAAUGACCCAUUAAAACAUUUAUAAUCACAACUCAAAAA